AUGUCAACAGUGAUUCCUGUGUUCAACCCAAAUAAAACUUCCUCCGUCCUACAGGUCCUCGGCUUUACUGAGGUUGAAAACCAAAGCUGGCAGAAGAGAAACCGACACAAACACAAUAAAAUCAAGGACUUGCUAAGCCAGGAUGCAGUGGAUAGCCUGACGAAGCUGGUUGUCGUGAAUGCCAUUUACUUCAAGGGCAGCUGGAACACGCAGUUUAAGGAGGAGAUGACUGCUGAUGCGCAGUUUCGACUGAACAAGAACGACACUAAGCCGGUGAAGAUGAUGCACCAGAAAAGUAAAUUUCCUUUUGCGACCAUUCCUGAGGCCAACUGCAAGAGUCUAGAGAUGCCCUAUAAAGGAAAUGACCUCAGCAUGCUCAUAUUCCUGCCUAAUGACAUAGAAGAUGAUACCACAGGCUUGGAAAAGCUGGAGAAGGAGCUGACCUAUCAGAAUUUUGCGGACUGGACUCGCCCAGACAUGAUGAGCCCCAACGAGGUUGAUGUCAAGCUCCCUCGAUUCAAGAUGGAGGAGAAGUAUGACUUGGAGAAAAUCCUGACCAAUGGAGUCAAUUCACACAUUAAUAAGGUCACUCGGUCUGCAUAUUUUCAAUUGCGCAACAGAGAAAAAGAGCUGCGCUGCAAAACUUUGAACCCUGAGAAACUGAAAUUUUGA